UGCGUAUUUUAAUUCCGACUUAAAUUUGAAUUGGUAAUGGUCGCGUGUCCCCGAAUUUUGCAUGUCCGGAGUCACUUAAGAAAUUAAUUCGAUUAAUAAUAACUCCGGUGUCUUCGUUAUUCAUUCGAAAUAAAUUUCGAACACGAACAGGACGCUUGUUUAUCGCGCGUACGUGCAUUGAUAAAUGUUAAUGCGGGAUUAUUUGCGUUUUUCGGUAUCUUGGACAUGACGAUAUUUUUUUAAUCGCUUGAAAAAGUGAGAGGACGUAGUGAAAGUGGUCGCUGGUUGUCCUAUAACUGGAGACAGAAUGAUGUGUCCCAUCUCGGGAAUGGUCCAAUUCCUCAUCGUCGUCGUCACCCUCCUCCUCCUCUGCCACGCGGCCGUCGUGCGCUCCCUGCAGGUCGUCUUCGAGCCGAAGAACGCCACCGUCCACAUGCACGACACCAUCCCCAUAGCCUACCAGAUCCUCGCAGCCCCCGACGAGAACCUCAGCCCGGUGCGGCUGUACACCGAGAACCCCAACGUGGCCAAAGUCGACGCUUUCGUCAUAAAAAAUCAGAGCGGGACGUUCAACUUGACUGGAAAUUUUCUAGGUAAGACGGAGGUGAGGUGUCAGGGGGCAUAUGGGAAGUUGGACGUGACUGUAAUUCGCAAAAAACGAGUCAUUGAUACGGUUUUCACCUCGUCGGUGGCCACACUUGUCAGCAUUUUGUACAUCAACUUUGGCUGUGCGCUUAACUGGGGGGAAAUGAUACGGAAUUUGAAGCGGCCAAUUGGGCCCGCCAUCGGCUUCGUGGGACAGUUUGUCGUAAUGCCAUUGCUCAGUUUUGGCGUGGGAAAGCUGCUGUUUCCCGCCAACCCCGAGAUGCAGCUCGGUAUGUUUUUCACGGGGGUUUCCCCGGCCGGCGGUGCCUCAAACAUCUGGACGGUGGUCCUUGACGGCAACAUGGACCUGUCCGUCACUAUGACAACAAUCAGUACCUUAGCAGCCUUCGGGAUGAUGCCCAUGUGGCUCUUCACCCUCGGCAAAGUGAUCUUCGAUCAGGGCGACAUCACAGUGCCUUAUUCCCAAAUCUCCACCUACGCCAUCGCGCUGGUGAUUCCCCUAGGCAUCGGGUUUUUGCUGUCGCGCUAUUGCAAAAAAGUCGCCACGUUCCUGGUCCGCAUUUUGAAGGGUUUUUCUGCCGUCCUCCUCCUGUUCAUCAUUGUGUUCGCAAUCGUGACCAACUUGUACUUAUUCGAGUUGUUUUCGUGGCAGAUUGUCCUAGCAGGGAUGGGGCUGCCCUACCUGGGGUACCUUCUGGGGUACCUCCUUGCCAAGAUCCUCAAGCAGCCCGCCCCCGACUGUCUCGCAAUUGCGAUAGAAACGGGGAUUCAAAACACGGGGAUCGCCAUUUUUCUGCUCAGGUUCACACUGCCGCAGCCCCAAGCCGACCUGACCACAGUGGCCCCCGUCUCAGUGGCCAUGAUGACGCCACUGCCGCUGCUAAUUAUGUUCGUUUACAAGAAAAUUAAAGCCAGGAACGAUGUUUUAGGUUAUAUCCCGCUCGCAAGAAGCUGAACAUGGCGGUGCAAGAAUUGACAAUUGACGGAAACUCAAAUACGCAAAAGGAGGAUCGGCUUAUACCGACCAUUUCGUAAUCUCUGUGAUUGGUUAAAACGCGACUUAAAUUACCAAAAAUUCGGCUAAUGUGCAAAAGUGGGACUCACCGCAAUUAUUUCCUCGCCAACUCACUCGUGAAGUAAAUGAGUACCCGUUUCUGAUAAAAACAUUAAAAUCAUCGGAGCUUGGAGAUUUUUUGCUCAAAACUGCGUGUUUAGGUCCAAGAUUAACACAAAUUUUGUGUUUUUUUGGCUAAUUUUCAACCAUAUUUUCCCAAAAAAACGAGGUAAAUCGAGUGAAACGGGCAGAAUAACCCCAAAUGCGAUUUAUUUUUGGGGCCGGUUUUAUAAGAAAGCUCCAUUAAAAUUUAAUGCGCUGUUAAAGUUAAUGUAAUGACUGAUGAAUAAGAGAAGCAUCUGAUUGGUUCAAUUUGAUCACGUGAUCAGUAAACCAGGUAUUGAAUUACGGAUUAAAUUAAUGACGCUUCUAGACUGUUUUAACAUUAUCUUGAGUGAAUUUCGACUAGUUUUUUGCGAAAUUUGAGAUAUGAUCACGUUUAGCACUUAAGAAGUGCUAAAUUUCAUUCUUUUUUGGGUUUAUCUAUAACAUAAAUUAACUCAAAAAUGUGCUUUCGAAACACAAAAAUAUCAAACACAAUUUUUUGGGCCGAUUUCGUAGUUUUUAGCUUGUUUUUAAGGAAAUUUUGAAAAUAAACCGCGUUUUUGGCUGUAAAGCCUGGUAAAAUAUUACAGGUUUUGAAAAUUUUGCGAUAAUCAUUGACUUCACGAGUGAGUAGUGGACAUUAGCCGAUUGUUUGACGGUGGCGGGAAAUUCAAACAGCUUGACGCCUUUGAGUUUUUAUUGUAUAUAUGUUGUAUAAUAAAUACAUUUCGUUGAGUACACGUAAGUACAUUCAAAAAACGAGAAUUAAUUGUAUUAUCACAAGUAGUACGUAAAACCCCACAAUAUGAGAACUGUGAUGAUUUCGCAGUAUGUAUAGUAAUAAAUAAAUUGAUUUCAGUAUUACGUCUAAAUUCCUACAUUGUAUAAAAUUGUAAAUAAAUUAAUAGACAAAAUAUACAAUAAUUACAAAAGCUCUCUACUAUUUGUUGUGAAAAAUUGCGACUUUGUAUAAAAUAAAUUAGGAAAUUAUUUAA